ACCAACAAAACAACAAAAAAAAAGAAAAAAAAAAGAAAAAAAAAACCAUGCCCCCAAAAAGAACCCUAAAAUACUACCUCCUCCUCAAACCUAUCGCCCUCCUCCUUCGCACUCUAACCUACACCCUGGCCCCCCGGAUAACCCCAACCCCAACAACAACCCUCCACAUCCCGUCCCGCGACCCUCAAAGAACCAUAAAAGUCCACGUCUACAGCCCCCCAACCGCAAACCCCACCAAGGCCCCCCUCCCCAUCCUCCUCAACUUCUGCGGCAGCGGCUUCGUCAUCCAAGGCCACGGCCUCGACAACACCUACUGCACCCACAUUGCCAGCCACACGCCCUACACAGUCUUCGACGUGCAAUAUCGCAUAGCCCCCGAACACCCCUUCCCGGCUGCCCUGGAAGACGCAGAAGAUGUGCUGGCGUAUGUGCGGUCACGGCCGGAGAUGUAUGAUUUGAGUCGCGUGGGGCUGAGCGGGUUCUCUGCCGGGGGGAAUUUGGCGACGAGUUUGGCAGCGAAUCAGAAGGGCCCGUUUAGGGUGCUUGUGGCGUUUUAUCCAGUUGUGGAUGCUACGAGGCCUCUUGGGGAGAGGCGGGCGCCGGAGGUUGGGGGGUGGACUUUGCCCGGGUGGUUUGUGAGGUUUUGUACGGUGGCUUAUUUAAGUGGCGGUUUUGAGGGACGGGGUGGGGAUGUGAGGAUUUCGCCGAUUCGGAGGGCGGUUGGUGAUUCGGGUGGGUGGAGGGUGGAGAGGGUUUUGUUGGUUUCUGCUGCGAGGGAUUUGCUGGCGCUGGAGUUGGAGGAGUUGGGCGGGUUGUUGAAGAAGGGCGGGAAUGGGGAGUUUUUGAACAAAGUCGUUGUGGAGCGGGUUGACGGGGUAGGACAUGCUUGGGAUAAGGUGGCUAAGGAGGGGACGGUGGGCUGGGACAAGAUGAUGCGGGUUUAUGGCAUGGUCGUGGAUUUGUUGAAUUAGGUAGUGUUCCAUUUCUUUUCUUCUGUUAUGAUGGGAAUGGGGGUGGAUGAUUUGAUAAUGUUUAAUUCUGUGGUGUUUGUUGGGUUUUUCCCCCCCCCCUUUGUAUGUAUUUGUGGAUUGAAUUAUAUAUACCCCUGUUUGUUAGACCAAGGGCCAGUA